AUGCGGGAGCAGUCACUUAUAAGGCCGCUGCGCUGGGCGUGGACGAAGUACCAAUCAGAAUGCCCGUCGUUGGUAAGAAGCUCCCCUAAUUUCCGGACUUGGCAAAAUCCCACCACCGCCGUCGCUGCUCCGCCGCUCCGGGCCGUCACCACUGCCGCCGCCACCGUCCUUCUCUCCCGGGCGACCCCUUCCUCCCCCACCUUGAUGCCGCCAACACACCCGCCCCUGUGCGCGCUUGCACUAGCGGCCGCCUCGAUCCGGGAGCUCGCCGAUUCGCCAGGACCAGGAGGAGGGGAGGGGUCCAGGACCAGGAGUAGGACAGGAGGUCCGGUCAUCACCGAACCGCCCACUCCUACCCCCUCGCCGGUCAUCACCGAUACUAGGUCGACAUCAAGAAUGGCCGCAAGAACCCCCUCUUCGUCACAUACCCCGGUAGAUGGCUCGGCAGCAUCCCAAGAUACGAAUGAGCCUCCUUCCGAAGAGAGCAACGACUCGUCUGACGAUGUGUCAGAUGAUGGAGAGUCUACACCUACCGCGUCUGGUAAUGAACAAGAAAAUGGUCUUGACUCUGAAGCCACGCAAGACCAGAUGCCUAAGCAAAAGAAGGCGCGCAAGGCUAGGAGACCAAACCAGUUGACUGACGAGACCUUCGUAAUCACUCGAGUUGAUGGCCGAGGUGUUCCUGCCAGUCCAGUAAAGUUUUCAAAGGGUUACAGCAACGCCAUAGGCUGCAUCGUGCGUGAAACCGUGAAGAUCACAUGCACGAACUUAAGGUCAAAAGAGCACGAGAACCUUCGACAAAGGCUCCUCAACAAGCUGUUCAAUCGAUACAUCCGCUAA